AUAUGCUCUCUGCUCUCGUGAGUUACUUGGACGUAGAGUGCAGACUCGUGGACUCUGCUUUGAUGCCUACUUAAUAGAUACUUAUUGUAGGGGACAAUUUGACUGCUUUUGAUAGACGCUUUAUUGCAUUCCACGUCGCGUGAGCCGUGGUUGCACACGAUCAGCGUCUGAUAUUCGGGGAAGAGUGCGGAUUGCAGCAGGUUGCUUCUCAUCGGAACUCUCUUUAGAUGAGCCGUAUGCUUGUACACGGUGCAUAUAUAUAAGAAACAUUUAUCAAUGGAGCUUCUCCUAGGUUCCUCCUACCAGCUCAACUUUGUAUUUGUAUACCACCAGACGGCAUUUAUUUGCUCGGCCUUCCUUUCAUAUUUUAAACCGACAUGCGUCGAUUCUUCACGAUACCCUUGCUUCUUGUCACCACGGUCGCUUCUCAGCAGAUAUGGGACAUUUGGCAAACAACCUGGGACCGCUCCAAAUUAUUCACUUCGCUCGCCCCAUCAUCUCCUAUUAAUUUCGUCUCGCCUGGUACUAUUGGGAGCGCCGAUAUCAGCGUGGACGACACGUCGACUUACCAGUCAGUGUGGGGAUUUGGAGGUUCGCUCACCGACUCCGCCGCUUUGGUUUUGAACAACCUAAAGUCGACAAAUUCCAACAACUACUGGACAUUAUUGAACUACCUCUUCAAUCCGACGGAUGGAGCGAACGCUGCUGGGCUAAACUAUAUAAGAGUUCCUCUUGGCGCGUCGGAUUUCUCAGCUGGACCGUACAGCUUUGAUGACACCAAUGGAGACACGUCUUUCAACGCUUUCAACAUCAACGAUGCACCAUCCUACCUUUUCUCGGUUCUCAAGGACAUCUACUCUAUAAACAACAUCAUCAAGGUGCAUGUUUUGCCAUGGUCCCCACCAGGAUGGAUGAAGAGCUCUGGAUCAAUGAACGGCGGAUCCCUCCAAUCCCAGUAUGUCACCUACUAUGCGAACUAUCUUCUCAAAUGCCUCCAAGGAUUCAAAAAUAACGGUAUUCCAUUGUACGCCAUCUCUAUCCAGAACGAGCCGGAGAACAGCAACCCAACCUACCCAACCUGUACCAUGCCUGUCUCUGUAGAAGCUCAGAUCGGUACAGCAUUGAGGACCUUGAUGAACAAUAAUGGUUUCUCCUCUGUCAAGCUCAUCGGAUAUGAACACAACUGGGGCGAUGCUGGCGCUUACCCCAUUCAACUCAUGCAGGCAGCAGGAGACUCGUUCGCAGGAGUAUCUUUCCACUGCUAUUCGGGUGAUGUCGCUGACCAAGAUACAUUCCACACCGCGUACCCCACCAAAGAGAUAUACUUCACCGAGUGCACCGGAACCAUUGGAAGUGACUGGUGGUCUGAUAUCAAGUGGUAUAUGGACAACAUCUUCAUAGGAUCGAUAGAGCACAACUCCCAUUCGGCCCUCAUGUGGAACCUGGCUCUGGAUGGAAACGGCGAUCCUCUGUACCCCGGAACUAACAGCUGCGGGGGCGGUUGUCGGGCAAUUGUUCAGGUCAACAGUGACGGAACGUACAGCCUGAACCAAGAAUUCUAUGUCAUGGCCCAGGCAUCCAAGGCAAUCAUUCCGAAGGACACGGGUGGGCCAUUUGGAAAGCGAGUGGCGGUCACGGUGGGCGGCAGCUUAAGCUGGGCUCUCCGUGUGGGAGCAUAUGUCACAGGAAGAGUGUCUUCGUCUGACUGGCUAAGGUACUCUUUGGUUGUACUAAACUGGGAUGACACACCCAAUGGUUCUUGGAACCCAACGCCCGUGCAGACGACCAUCGAAUUCAGGGGUAUGCAGGCUACAUACACUUUCCCCGUUGGUGUCACCACGCUCUGGUGGUAUGCCCCGGCUACGUCGUCGCUAAAUGGCACGGCUACGGAAGAACCCUUCGAAAUCUUUGCGGAGACUCAGCCCUUGAAGCAGCAGACUUUUGCCCUUUAUGGUUGGCUUCACAAGUUCGUGGGUCGGUUCGGGAUCAGUUGAAGAAUGAUGAGAGGGCCCAUAUACCUGAAUAUUUAUUUCGUUCACGUUAUGACUACUGUAUUCUUGUUCACGACACGGGAUGACAUCUAAGUAUACGUCUAAUAGCAUGAUUCAUAUAAUACACGAUGAACGUCAUGCCAAACAGAGGCCU